AUUUUAAAUAAACACGAACGCCGAUUAGUUGUAGAUAAAAAUGAAAGUUUUAAUUUUAGUGAUGUUUUAAUUUUUGUCUUCGGCUGUUUGAUGUUAAUCGUGUAAAAAUCUUGUUCAAAAUGCCUUAUUUGGCCUCAGAAGAGGACCAGAUCCAUUUGGACCAGGUGGGGGAGGAAGAAGAAUGGGUGGCUUUAGAAGGGGCCCUUAAGAGGUGUAUGCAAUUUAGUCUGUCAAAAGACCUUUUCACAUCACACUUACAGAAAGCUACACUUUCCAAUCAAGUCCUUUCAUCUCUGCAGCAAAUAAUUACCAACCCCAAAUCAUCAACAUUAACAAAUGACCCCGAAUUAGAUAAUUCAAGUGUAAGUCGUGUUUAUAACGUUAAUGAAGUCAGUUCCAAUGAAACAGACAUCAUCCAGUCGAGCAGUAUUAGUAGGCAAUGCAUCAUUAACAACAAAAAUGAGGAAACUCAACAACAAUGUGACCAUUUAGUUGAAGGGUUAUGCACUGUCUCUAACUAUGCUAUUCCUCUCUCCUGGAAGCAGUCAGCCAUCUUUAUGGCCGUCAUCAACCAAAAGUGCAAAGAUUAUAAAACAGACAUGGGCUUGUACUCUCAGUUGCUGUCAUUGCUUGCUCACAUCAAUAAAAAUUUGGUAAAAAUUUUAGAAUUAGACAACAAUCUGGCAAUCUUCGAACCGCUAACAACCUCUGUUGGGGUCGUGGUUUUAUUAAAACAAGCCUUUAACAGCCCGAUGAAAGAAUAUUUAAUGUGCAAUCAAGGUAAGUUUCAUAUGCAGAAGAGAACGUUUGAUAUCAUCUGGGAGAAAGUUAUGAGCAAUAAAGAAUCUGCAAUGAAAACUGCAAAUCUUAAUACAGAACUAUCAACAUCACCAGACAAUGAAACUGCACCUACCAUCUCAACAGAGAGUGAAUCCAACCCUGCAAAAAUCUCCGCUGAAUUAUACAAAAACGAAAGUGAAACUUUAGUAGAAGGAUUAACCCCGCUCGAAUGUUUGAAAAAAUCCCCAAACAUAUUGAGUAAAUUUAUCAAAGAUACUAAAAAAGUUAGGUCGCCAAAAAUUUCUGGACACUUCCCAUCUCGUAAAAGUUCACCUAAUCAGAAAACUUCGCUGAGAAUUUAUAACAAAAAUAAAUUAAUGAGCGAUAAUAAAGAGCGUAAUAAACAACAAAAAUACUCUAAUGACUUUUACAACAAUUUAGAAAGCCACAAUAAAAUCACAUCUAUGGAGACCACCAACACUAAUUACAGCAAUUCAGCAGAUAACUUUUCAAAUGAUGUUGUCCCCGGCUGUAGCAGCAAUGCUAAUGAUAUAAACAUUGGUGGUGAAGUUGUUAACGCUACUACCAAUACAGAUGUUGUUAAUGUGAAUGUAAAUAGUAGCCAUGGUAACAAAAGAGAUGUCCUUGUUGAGGCUGAUGUUCCUAGUCUAACCAGAAGUUCAAAAAGGUCAUUACAAUGCUUAGAAUCCGGUGCUGUUGCUACACCGCCUUCGAAGAAAAGAAGAAAGUUAACUUGUUUCUCGUCUCAAACACAAUCAACAGUAAGCCAAAUCAGCACAGUCGUCAGCAAGAGAGAGUAUGGGAAAGUAUUGAUGCCGUCAUCUUUUAACAGUGACAACAACAACAACAACAUUACCAUCAGUAACAACAGUAAAUACACCAACAACAAAACUAGCAACAACAACAAAGUUAGCAGCAACAACAGGACUAACAACAUCAAAACCACACAGAAACCGUCACUUAUUAGACAAAACUCCAUCUCGACUAGGGCCCAACUUAUUCUGGAAAAAAGCAAAGAAACUUUAAAAAACAUCGUCAUUUCCGCCAUAGACGAUGAAAACAGCAACUCUAACUACUCUUUCCUAAUUGGUGGCUCUGGCAGUUUCAGUAACAACAACAACACCACCACCAACAACAAUAACAACUACAACAACAUUAAUGACGCUUCCAUUAGCAGCAGUGCUAACAAUACUUUCAACAACAGUCUUCAUGGCACUGGUAUCAAUAAUAGUAGUUCAGUCGGCCACAGUUUUAACUCUAGUUUCAGUAACGAUAAUAAUGAUUGUAGUGGCAACAUUAAUAUGAAUAAUAAUGAUAAUAAUAUGAAUAAUAGUGGUAAUAAUAAUAAUAUGAAUAAUAAUAGUUAUAACGCCGGUAACGCUUCUUUUAAUUUAUCAUUUAAUAGUAGUAAUGAUAGAAAGGGUUCGCCAUCCAAAUCUUAUUCCCUCAAUGGCACUGUCUUAUACAGUGUCGAUAAACUUGCAGCCGAUGAUGGUGAAGAUGACAACGAAGAGGGAAAUGUUUUAAUUGGUAAUGAUACUAGCAGUGGUAGUAAUUGUAUUCACAAGCUAAAUAAUACUGAUGGAACAUCUUGUAAGGUUAUCAAAGAUUUGAAGUCGGAGGAUGACCUUGCAUCGCAUAUAAAGUCCAUAUACGCGAAAGUUAUUGACGGCGAGGCAACAUCUAUAGCCGGGGCCAAAAAUAUUGUCAAUGACGUCAUGUCAUAUUUCAGUGGCAAGCUAAUAUUAGGGGAUAGAUGUGAUAAUCCAAAAGAAUUGCUUACUUUCAUGUCAGCCAAUGACAUCCUCAUCAGUGCAAAGACGUUGAAGUCUAAAUUCCAUUCAAACAAUAACACCAAUAAGGAUUGUGAAAUAGUAUCAAUAUUGAGGAUGAUAUCAUUUAAAGAAGAUACAACCUACAUAUCUAACUUCUUAAACAAUGUGCUCUUUGAAAACUACCGUUUUUCAAGCCCUAAUCUACUGUACAAGAUAUACGACAGCCUAAUCCAACCAAUUCCUCACCAACUUCGCUAUCUCAUGUCCCCAGAUAAGUUAGACGAUGCCUUCUUCGAUCUGCCUAAUUUGCUCACUUCUGGAUUGAGCCAGGAACAGAAAAAUAAAAUUUCCGAAUCGAACGACAACAGCCUCAUCUCACAAAACGAUAAUGAAAGUUUACUUUCCAACGACAAAACGACCAAAGAUAAAUCAAUUCUAUUAGACCGGCCAAUGAAGAUUUCGAGUUCUACCUUGUCUAGAGGAAUUUCUUUUAGUCAGGCACCAAAGAUGAGAAUUGAAAUUACAAAACCAAAAGCUGAACUGAGGUCUGAGUUUGACACCUCUGCCGGAUUUAGAAGGUCAGAGAGAAUUGCUAGUGCGUCCAAGAUGAAGGCAAAUUUAUUUGAAGCGUCUGUUAAGCCCGAAGCUAUGAAAAUCAAAAGGCUUCUGUUUGGAGAUGUGAAGGAAAAAACGCCUAGAAAAACUCCUAGUAAAAUGAAACCAGAAACAUUGAAAGUGAAAAGAGCUUUGUUUGGAACUCCCAAGGAUAAGACUCCCAGGAAAACCCCGACGAAGACACCGAACAAAACACCGAAAAAGACGCCAUUGAAAAGAGUUCUAUCUCAUCACGUUGUGAAAACAAGAUUGGUAAAAGAGACCCCUGAUGCUAAAAAGGGUGUGAGUAGACUACUACAAAGGCGACAGCUACCAGCAGCUGCAGCUUCGACAGCAGCUGCAGCUAGAUCAGUUUCGAUAGCAGCAGCUCCAUUAAGUCCUUGGGACGAAUCAAAGUGGAGCAUCGAAGAAACGCCCAUGAAGGACGAUGAGAAACGUUCCAGCGCUAUUAACGACACUUCACUGACGUUUUUUUCCCAGCCCGUCCGCAGAAGCAACAGUUUGGAGAGGAGAAAUUCAUUUUAUUCAAAUAAAAUGACCUCGACAGCGGGAACGUCGCUGUUGACGUCAUCGUCGUCAUCAUCCAUUGCUUCUAGAAACGUCUUAAGAUACACUAAUCUAGAGAAGAGAUUAACUGAAAUGAUGGAAUCAUCGUCAGGGAUUAACAACAACAACAAUAAUAAUAAUAAUAUGAGUUAUAAUAAAAACAAUGAUGAUGAUGGUGGAAGGGGUUUCACUAAUUUCGUCAUUACCUCCCCGGUUAGGCGGGUGUCGGCCAGGCUGCUCUUCAGUUCGGCUGCCAGUCCGAGUCCUUGAACAAAUACAGCAACAAAAACUUUCAUGGAAGGUGAUGAAGGUUCACAAUCAUUGAGUGUUUUAAUGAUUUUAUAAAUUUUAAUGAAAUUUACAAUCAGUCAUUCUAUUAGCAUACGUGCUGUAAUUGUUGGGUUUACAUUCAAAUUUAAUUCAUACAUCUUUGUAUUUCACAUGUAUGACUGCUUUUCACGUAGAAAGUUUCAAAUAUAAAA